GGAGGCGGCGGCGGCGGCGGCGGCGACGCGUCCGGGCAGGACCGAGUCUCCGGCCAACCGAGCAGGCCUGGGAUGGGUAGUGGCGUGAAGGAGGGCUCAGUGCGCCCGCCUGAGGAUGCUGAAGCGGCCCGGCCCGCGCCCGUCUCCUCCAAGAGAGACCCCCGGCAAGUGCUCAGCUCCCUGCUGUCGGGGGCCCUGGCUGGAGCACUCGCCAAGACCGCGGUAGCUCCCCUGGACCGAACCAAAAUCAUCUUCCAAGUGUCUUCUAAAAAGUUUUCUGCCAAGGAGGCCUUCCGGCUCCUCUACUUCACCUACCUCAACGAGGGCUUCCUCAGCCUGUGGCGCGGGAACUCGGCCACCAUGGUCCGCGUGGUGCCCUACGCCGCCAUCCAGUUCAGCGCGCACGAGGAGUACAAGCGCGUCCUGGGCCGCUACUACGGCUUCCGGGGAGAGGCGCUGCCCCCGGGGCCCCGCCUCCUGGCCGGCGCGCUGGCCGGCACCACUGCCGCCUCCCUCACCUACCCGCUGGACCUGGUGCGGGCCCGGAUGGCCGUGACCCCGAAGGAGAUGUACAGCAACAUCUUCCACGUGUUCAUCCGCAUCUCGCGGGAGGAGGGGCUGAAGACCCUCUACCACGGCUUCACGCCCACCCUGCUGGGCGUCAUCCCCUACGCCGGGCUCAGCUUCUUCACCUACGAGACGCUCAAGAGCCUGCACAGAGAUCUCAGCCUGCUGAGCCGCGGGGACGACAGGCUGAAGCGGGGGCGCCGGACACCAUAUCAUUUAUUGCUGAUAUACGAUCUACACACACAGGAGGUUCCAGAACCCGCGCUGCGCCCGCCCUCGCCCUCGUGUGCGCACGCCGGACCCCGGGGGCCCUGCGGGGUACACAGCCCUUCUGGCACCCCGGCCUCGCGAGGAGGGGCGGCGAACCGGGACGGGUUCCCCGCCCCUAGCUCGUCUCCUGGGCCCCCACUUUUCUCCCUGCCACUUGGGGUCAGUUUGGAAAAGGCGUGCUCCAAAUAG